CGCCCCUGGCCGCCCGGCGCCCUCGGCGGGGCGCUGCCGCCGCGGGGCCUGCCGGGCGCGCGGUGGCUCGCCACGAGGCGGUGGCCCCGGCUGCCGCCCCCGCAGCAGCACGCCGAGCGCGCGUGCCACUCCGCGGCAGGCCCCGCCGGAGCGCCCGGCGAGGCCGCGGAUGAGGCGGCGGUCGGCGCCUUCCGGCGCGCCGCGGGCCCGCGGCUGGCUGAGGUUGUUCGCCGUGGGCCAGGUGAGGAGGAGAGACCGAUACCGCCUUCGUCGCCACGGCUGGACUCGUCGACUACACGUAAGAGUGACCUUUCGCCAGAGUGACCUUUGGUGCGGGCUCAUCGGGCUCCCCCCGAUCGCCGAGCGCGAUGCGGUAUAAGCGGCCCGCGCCCUUGGAUUUGGCUCCCUCGCGCCUUACCCAGGGUCACUCUUACGCCUAGCCGAAUUCGCCUCGAAACCUUAGUCAGAAUUCCGCUGGGGAUAGGUCCACGGAGCAGCGGUAACAAUCGGCAGCCUUUUGCUUCGGCGCGGAAGGAAUCUCCAUCUCCGACAGUGUGGGGCGAAACCUGGGCUACUGGGGGUGCUUGUCGAGGCCAGCAGGGAUUACCUGAGGGGGGCUGGCGGUGCUCAGCCCGCAGCCUCACCACGACUCCCGGCCCCGCUUCCUUCAUGCCAAGGCUGUCGAGAGCGGAGCGGGCGCCGCGUACGCGCCCGGCCUCCGCGAGGAGCUCGGCUCGUUGGCGGGGGGAGAGGCCGCCUCCGGGCGGCUGCGGGAGGAUCUCGCGGAGUGGCAGCCGUGCACCGCCGCCGUGCCUGGCUAGGGCCAUCCUGGGCCCCGGGACGGCGUGCAGGUGUAGUUGUGGUGUACGGCGACCUGCCUGCGCAGAGGAGCUCGAGAGCGCCGUCUCCCUCGUGCGGGAGCUGGAGGCCCACCACAAGGAGCGCGAGGAGCUGCAGAAGACACGCGCGGACCUGCUGGCGGUGGGCUUCCAGACGAGGGGCCAGGAGAACCAGGAGUUCGCGUCCCUCAUCGUCUGCGCCACGGCCGGCAUCUUCGCCGUCACGAUCCACUUCGGCUUCUUCUGCAUCUUCGUCCCUGCCUACCUGAUGUACAGGCGCGCCACGUCGGCGACGAGGCAUCAGCGGGCCUCCACGGACGCACUGCAGGAGGUCGUCCACCGCAUCCGGGAGGUCGACGGCCUCGAGGCCGAGUGCCUCGCCGCCGCCCGCACGCUGGCCAGCGCGUGGGAGCGCGGCGAGGCCGCGGCGCCGCGCGCGGCGCCGCGCGCGGCGCCGCGCGGCGCUGGUGAGCGGGAGCAGUGA